CAAGGAAUUUUCUUGCCGGUGAGAAAACAACACAAAAUGAAUAAUAUGUAUUUGUACACAAACCGUGAAAAGUAAAUUAGGGCAUUGUGAUUACUAGUGGGAGGGCAUAGCGAAUUACCGCCUCAUCACCUUAAUUGUGCACAUGGCUAAAUCAAAGGUGACUCGUGCACAACUUUGAAAAAUCGACACAGGUGAGUCAUUGAAGUGUGAAUAAAAAUUGUACAUUUACAAUAGUGCCUUUCAUUUAAAAGCAAAGGUUAUGGAAUUUAACGCACAACUUACACAACAUUUGAGUUAGAAAUUGUAAUUUACCAGUACACAAAAAAGUGCAUUACGAUUUUCAUAUACGCCGAUAAAUUGAAUGACGAAAAAUAUAAGAACGACAACAGCUGUGAUCCGUCCAUUAAAAGUUAAAAUCAUCGCAUUUAAUAAAAGUUAAAACCGCUGACCUUUUGCAUAAUAUUUUUGGUAUAUCCUUUGGCAACACCUAUUUUUAAAAACUGCAAAUGCACUGCCAUAUAAUGGUCUACAUACGCAUUGUACUUACCACAUUAUUGACUAUCACUUGUCUUCUGGGCGAUAAUUUUGUUGAGCUGACGCAGCAUCCAUUAUUAAAAGCAUUAGCCGAUAAUGCCACACACGCUAUAAUUGGCGCAUUAACGGGAAUUGCUUUCGCUGUACAAUUUCAUGAUAAGACGAGCAAUUUGCUGGGAUGGUUCCUGAUAUUUACUUGUUUUUCGGUGUCUUCUUUGAUUGACUUAGAUCACUUUAUAGAAGCGCGUUCAUUGUACUUAGAGGAUGCGACUAAUUUGCCACGACGUCCUUUUCUACACUGCUCAAGUAUAAUUUUUCUACUAUUAAUAUUCUACAUCUGCACAGCCAGUUUAAACUAUUUUAAGACAUCUUUAACUUUUGGAGUUUUGCUUUGCGCUUUUGUCACACACCAUACGCGUGAUGCCGUGCGUCGUGGUUAUUGGUUUUGUCCACUUGGACACACUGGUCGUGUGCCGAAUGUGGCCUACAUUGUGAUAACCGUUUUGACGCCACAUUUGGUGGCAUAUGUACAUAACAUUUGUCGUAGUGGACCAGUGCAAUAUUUCCUGGGCCAGUAUAUUAAGCUGAGCGAUAAUUACCGUAUUGGAAGUGGCGGUUACCGUUACAUGAAUGUGUAAAUUUUAUAAUAGAUAAUUUAUUGUUAAAUUUGUUAAUUAGUUGUAUCAAUAUACAAAUGUAGUUUAAAUCAGGCGUAAUGUUCCAGGUGAACUUAAAACAAGUGAUAGCACAACACAUUUAAGCUUAGCUUAUUUAUAUAACAAGUUAAAAAACGUAGCGUAAUAAUCUACUAAUUAUAUAUUCUUAGAUUAAAUAGUAGUUUUUAUUAAAUUUCUAAACUAUAUAAAGAAAAACAUAGUAGCUCUAGUUAUUUAGUACGUUUUCCACAAAAUAACUAAUUACACUAUUGACCAAUGAAUAAUACGCUCAUCUUCCAGUCAAACAACAUUUGACAAAACAAAAAAAGUUAUACUAUUACUUUAAUAUAAAAAUAGACAACUAACAAA